AUGUCGGAAGCUAUCACUAAAAUUGAUCUGCAGGGCGCUUUGCCUCUCGUUGCCAGUGGCAAGGUACGCGACUUGUAUGAGGUCGAUGACAAGACACUACUCUUCGUUGCUAGUGAUCGCAUCUCAGCCUACGAUGUGAUUAUGGAGAAUGGAGUUCCCAACAAAGGCGUCUUACUCACACUUUGCACAAAGACCUGGUUCGAGAUCUUGACAAAGGCCAUUCCCUCCCUGCGCACCCACUUCAUUACACUCGACCUCCCACCGCAGAUCCCCGAGUCGCUGCGUCCUAAGCUACAGAAACGAAGCAUGCAGGUGCGCAAGCUGCGUAUUCUUCCCAUUGAAGCCAUCGUCCGUGGAUAUAUUACUGGCUCCGCUUGGAAGGAGUACCAGAAGUCUGGCACUGUCCACGGCAUCAAGGUGGCGCCAGGACUUCAGGAGAGCGAGGCUUUCCCCGAUGGUCCAAUCUACACACCUAGCACGAAGGCUGAGUUGGGUGAGCACGACGAGAACAUCCACCCCGAUGAAGCGACUAAAAUUGUCGGCGAACCCUACGCGUCUACCGUUGCCUCGCUGGCCGUGCAGCUGUACAAGGCGGCUCAUGCCUAUGCUCUGGAGCGAGGAGUCAUCAUUGCAGACACCAAGUUCGAGUUCGGCGUGGACGAGGAAACCAACGAGGUUGUGCUGGCCGACGAGGUUCUGACCCCCGACUCCUCCCGCUUCUGGCCCAAGGACUCGUAUAAGAUUGGGCAAGGUCAGGCAAGUUUCGACAAGCAGUACCUGCGUGACUGGCUGGUCUCUGAGGGCCUCAAGGGCAAGGAGGGUGUUCGUAUGAGCGAGGAAGUCGUCCAGAAAACGGCGGAGAAGUAUAAGGAGGCCUGGGAGAAGAUCACCGGCAACCAAUAG